CAGGAAUAACUAUAUAAAGAGUGGAUUUAAUUUUUAUGAACACUUGUAUUUGUGUUCCCCGUAGACAAGGACUGAAGGACGAGAAUAUAUAAAAGAUGAAUAUGAAAUUCGUUAUAGUUCUUUCUGCAUUUUUGGUGUUUUGUGCUGCUGUCGAGUUAUACAGCACCGAAAAUGACCAUUUGGAUAUUGAAGCAGUUGUCAGUGACCCUACAACUUUAAAAGCAUUCCUUGAUUGUUUUAACGACAAGGGUUCGUGCGAUGAACAAAUGGCUGACUUUAAAAAAGACAUACCCGAAGUAGUCAUGGAAAAUUGCGCAAAAUGUACUAAAGCUCAGAAACAUAUUUUAAAGCGUUUUUUAGAAGAAAUCAAAGUAAAGAAGCCAGAUGAUUACCAAGUUUUCAAACAAAAGUACGACCCUCAAGAUAAGAAUUUUGCUGCUUUGGAAGCGGCUAUCGCAAAUUCUUAAUGUAUUUGUUGCUAAGGUGCAAUAGGUCUAAAUAAUUUUGACCAUAUGCAAUAAAAUCUUAUUUAAUUUUUA